CUCGCUAUGCUGACGUCUGCGCCCCGCCCCCGCGCCCCCCUCUCCCGCCACCCGGGCCCCGCCCGGUGACAGCCCCCGCCCGGCCGGCCGGGAGGGACCGUGGGACCCCCAGAGUGUCCGAGGGCCGCGUGUCCCCAGCGAGCCUCCAGCUCCCGCACCCAUCGGGAGACCUGACCCCAAUUCCCAAUGGGCCCCGUCCCCGUGCCGCCAGGCGGGGCACCCCGGGGAGCAGCCCCCGCGCACCCCCGCCUGGCCUGACCCGGGUCCCAGUGGAGGCCUCAGGGGCUCCCCACGCAACGCUUCGCGGGGUCAGGUCCCCCAACCUGAGGGCGGCCCGCCCGCAAGACCCGCACCCCGAACGGCACCCUGGCGCCGUGGCCUGGAGUGGGGGCCCCUCCCCACCGCAGGGGCGCUCUUCGGGGCCAGCUGCCCCCCAACAGGGUCCCCGCCCCCUAUCCCCCGGCUGGCUGCGGGCUGCGGGCUGCGGGGCCCGCCCACCCCACCCUGCUUCCCGGGGCGCGCCCCUGGCCCCUUUGCUGGGGUCACCCCCAGUCCUCUGGGCCUCCGGGCUGGGGGUGAGGAUGCGACAGGCGGGGGUGCAGGGACCCGCUGCGUCCGUGCGGGCACCCCAGGGAGACGGGGGCGCGGGGGCAGGUGGGAGCGCGUGGCGGGCCGAACCCGGAGCUGGGGGAGGCCCGGAGAGGCCACCCGACCUCCCUCGGUGCCGGGCGGGUGGGGACACUGGCCCGCCACCCGCAUCGUGCCCUGUGCGGGAGGGAGGCGGGCGCCCCGGACCCCUGGGACCCGCAGCCGCCCAGGGGGCGCCCCGCCCAGGCCCCGCCUCCCGCCCCCACCGGAAGGCCCGGGAGGCGGCGGCGGGCGCGCGCGGCGGCGGCUGCGGCCGGGACCGGGCGGCACCGGCGGCAUCGAGCGGGUCGUUGCGGGCCCGCCGCCAACGCGGUCACGUGCGCGCCCCCUGCGCCCGCCGCCCCCGCCGCGCCGCGCCGCGCGCCCCAUUCAUAAAUUCCCCGCCCGCCGCCGCGCUCGGGCUCGGGGCCGGGGCUCGGGAGCAGCGCCGCCGCCCAGGGCCGCCCAGGCCCGGCCGCCGCCGCCGCCGCCGCCAUGCAGCCCACCGCCACCGUGGCCACCGAGGCCGCCACCGCCACCGUGGCCCCGACCGCGACAUGGGACAACGCCACGGGGCCCACCGUGAGUGCGGGGCGCGGAGGGGGGCGCGGGGAGGGGCGCCGGCACCCGCCCACCUGCCGCCCCCCCAGGCCGAGCCCGACCCGGCGCUGGACCGCUCGGCGCUGCUGCUGCUGCUGCUGCUCGCGCUGCUAGCGGCCGGCUCGCUCGUCGUGCUGGCGGGCGCGCUGCUGCUGGGCCGCCGCUGCUGGGCCGGGCGCCGCCCGCACAGAGCCCUGGAGGAGCUGGAGAAGGGUACUGGCGCCUACCUGGACCCAGGCCCGCACGCCGCCCCAGCUACCCGGCACGCACCCGCAUCCGCCCACUGUGUCCUGGCAGAGCCAGAGUGCCCCGAGGACGCGGAGACCGAGCGCUUCCUGUCCACCAGCAGCACUGGGCGCCGCGUGUCUUUCAACGAGGCCGCCCUGUUCGAGCAGGGCCACAAGGCGCAGGACAAGGGCCGCCGGUACACCUUGACAGAGGGCGACUUCCACCACCUGAAGAAGGCCCGUCUCAGUCACCUGCACCUGCCGCCCCUGAAGAUCGUCACCAUCCACGAGUGUGACCCCGGAGAGGCCGCACCCCACGCCGCAGCCCCGCCCAAGGCCAUCUUCCAGCCCGCGGGCAAGGCCCUCACCGGCCGCUCCGGGGGCCCCAGCUCCGCCCUGCCAGGUGACCCCUACAACUCUGCCGCGGGCAGCAGCACCGACGUGCACGUCAGCCCCUCGGCGUCCAGCGGCUCCGGCGACGCCUCCUCGCUGGACUCGGCCCGGAGCCGCAAACCUGGUGGGCCGGGGGCCUCGGGGCCCGGGGAGGGGAGCCCCAGCGCGGGCGCGGGGCCCGUCCUGCAGUUCUUCACGCGGCUGCGGCGCCACGCCAGCCUGGACGGCGCCAGCCCCUACUUCAGGGUCAAGAAGUGGAAGCUGGAGGCCAGCCAGCGGGCCUCCAGCCUGGACACACGGGGCUCCCCAAAGCGCCACCAUUUCCAGCGGCAGCGAGCGGCCAGCGAGAGCACGGAGCCCGAGGGGGACACGCUCAAGUACAUCCGAGGCCUCCCGGCCCCCGCCGGCCCGGCCCCCGCGCUCCGCAGGCUAGUGUCGGCGGAGGCGGGAGCCGCGGGGGGAGCCAGCCCCGAGUUUCCCCCCGACAGCGGUGGCCUGGGGUUGGAGCCGCAGGCACGGCAGGAGGAGUCUGAGGACGGCGAGCGGGAGGCGGGCCCCGAGCCCCCCCAGACCCCGGUGCAGGACAUCUGGAGCCUUCGUGCCUCGCUGGAGCUGCACGCCGCCUCCUCCGACCACAGCAGCAGUGGCAACGACCGUGACUCGGUGCGCAGCGCCGACAGCUCCGGCUCCGGCGGUCCGGCGCCUGCCUUCCCGCCCGCCUCACCUCCCGCCCCACCCCUGCCGCGCACCACAGGCCCCGAGGGCGACACGGGGCCCCGCCGCCUGCUGCAGAUGGACAGCGGCUACGCCAGCAUCGAGGGCCGGGGCGCGGGCGAGGACGGGCCCCUGGGCGCCCCCGACCGGCGCUGCUCCGUGCCCGACACCCCCGCGCCGCCCAGCAGCCCCCACGCCUGGCCCCGCCGCCCGCGCCGCGACUACAGCGUGGACGAGAAGACCGACGCCCUCUUCCACGAGUUCCUGCGCCACGACCCGCACUUCGAUGGCGCCCCGCAGCCGCGCCACCGCGCGCGCGCCCACCCGCACCCCCGCAAGCAGUGGCCGCGCGGCCGGCAGCACAGCGACCCGGGGGCUCGCCCCGCCGCCCCUCCUGGGGCCCCCCGCGCCUCCCGCGCGCCCCUGCGCCGCGGCGACAGCGUCGACUGCCCGCCCGACGGCCGCCUGCCCGACGACCCCGCGGGGGCCACCAUCACAGUGAUCGAGGAGGAGCCGGGCGGGGGCUGCCCGGGCGCGGGGCCCCGAGAGCCGCUGCUGGACAAGCUGGCCGUGCGCCUGGACGACUCCAUGUUCCCCGCACGCCUUGGGGCGCCCGCUGCGGCACCUGCACCCGCACUGGCCGUGGCGCCCGCGCCCACAUCUCCGGACCACAGCCCGGCCUAGCCAGCAGUUCCUGCCCUCCCGGGAUGGCACCAGCGCACAGGGUACCUGGGGUCGCACGCACAACCAUGGGAGACCCAUUCCAGGACCACGGAGGACCCGGCCAACUAGCGAGUACAGGCUCGGACCCAGGCCCAGGGCAGCCUGCCCCGACCUCGGAGCUGCUACCUCGGGGCAGUGCUCAGACACAGCCCACGCCGCCGCCCCUCCGAGCAAUAACCGCCGCCCGCCCUGCCCCGCAUGCCGGCGCCCCGCCCCUGCCGCCCUGGACUUGAGGGCGGCCACCCAGGCCCAGGCUCUGAAGGCCCAGGUCCCAGCCCCAGCUUUAUUUAUUGCCAAAAGCCCAGCAGCCGUGCUCCGCAGCUUCACGCUGGCCCCUGGGCUGCGUGUUCGGUUCCCGGUUGAGAUAAAUAUUUACCGCACACUCA